UCCAAAAAUAGUUGGGACAGCCGAGUGUUUACCACUUUGUAACAUCACCAUUUUUUUCUAAUAACACUUCUUAAGUGUUUGGGCACUAAAGACACAAAUUUGUCAGGUUAGGCAUUCAGAAUUUUCCCCUUUCAUACAUUCUGCACGUCUUCAGCUGUGCAAUUGUACGGGGCCUUCGUUGUCUUAUUUUGCGCUUCAUUGCUGUAUUUGGAGAGACUCGACACAUCCUUGCUCUUGAAGGACUAGGCUUUUUUUUGGAGGCUUCUUAUAUACAGUACUAUAACACGAUUGCCUCACCUGUUUCACAUCACCUUGUUAUUUCAAUUCGUCAGAUUGUUAAUAAUCCUAAAUUGCCCCUUUCUCAACUAUUUUGGAGCAUGAUGCAAUCAUCUGAUUAGAAAUUAAUAUAUAUAUAUAUAUUUUUAAAUUUAAUUCACAAAGUAAAACGUCAAAUUAUGUGUUGUUGUAGUGAUUUCAAUAUUGCACAGGGUUUUUCCAUACUGUCCCAAAAUUUUCGCAAUUGGGGUUAUAAUUUGUUGCAGUGAAAAGGCUUGAAGUCAUCAUACAGAGGUGUUAUUAUGUAUAUGCCAUUAACUACAUUGCAUUUUGUAACUCUAGUUUGUAGAUAUUUUAUAAUAAGAGUUGAAACCUGGAACCAUGCUGUUCCCAUAGGAGAAACCAGGCAAGCAGAGUCUUAAAUAAUUUAAAGACCAAAGAGACAGAAAUUGUAUGAUUCCACUGCUGUCCAAACUGUCCCACGUUUAAGAAGAAAGAAAAAGAGACAUUUUGACCUAUCUGCCUUCCAGUGUUAUUUCAGAUAUGCAAAUUGCCAUUUCUUAUGAUCUAUUUUUCAGUGCUGUUGGCUAAACCCAGCAUCUCUAAGUAAUGGAUGUUAGUUCAUAAGUCCCAGGAGCCAUUUCCUUUCAAUCUAAUUUACUGGACUUUAGUUUUUCCCUGCUGUUAUUUGAUACUGUAUAUGGAGCAGAUGUUUAUUAAUGAGGCUCAUUAGUGAGUUUAGUCCAUUUAAAGGUAAGUGAACCACUGUACAGUUAGUGCUCAGUAUAUUUAGCUCGCAACAUGCACAGAUAAAAACAACGUUUGACUAGGGUAGAAAUGAGGUGGACUCAGUUAACAUCAAUGUGAAACCCUGAUCGCAACCCAUUUUACUUUUGUCAGAGUAAACCAGGAUAUUAGAUGAGAAACAAAUUAAGGGUGGUACUUAAUUCUUUCCAUUUAGAAUUAUCAAGACUGUGAAAGGUGGACAUUCCAUACCAGAAUAAAGCCAGACCUGAAUUUUUGUUUUUUGGCUAUUGGUAAAAUUGUUAAAAUUAUCCAACAGCCUGCAUGACCUAAGUGAUGUCAGCAGAAAAGGAAAGUCAUUUGACAUCUUGAUUAAAGAUUAUGAAGACAAAAUGUUUUAUUUUCAAUAAAUUGUGCAUGGAUAAAUCACUCACAAAAAGAUAAGGGACAUGCAUUAAGAAAGUCAAUAGGUUCAGUUCUGAUUUCACAUUGACUGAGAUUUUGCUGAAAUGCUAUUAUUGACUUCUUAUACAGGAAGUAUAGGAAUCAGCCAUGCAUAUACAAAAAAAAUACAAAAUUUCAGGUGCAUCAGUCUGAAAUCAUACGUGUAUAGUGAUGUCUUGGGUAACUGAAUUAUUUUGCGCUGGUUCUGUUUUCAUCACAGCAGCACAAUUACCGCUGUCAUUUUUUGCUUUGACUCAGGAUAAUAAAACCAGAUGGCCAAAAGGUCAUCCUCAGUUAAGGGGAAAAAUCCAUUUCCAUUCACAAAGUUACCCAUUACUGCUAAGAAAAGAGACUUUUGAAAUGUUUUUAUCAAUAUUAGAGGUUAAGUCCAUGAGUCAGGCUGUUCUAUUUUUUAGUGGUUUCUGCUUUCUUAUUUUUCCGCAUCCUAUUGUUUUACUGUAGAUAGGGAGGUGGAUAGACUGGUAGCAUAGUACUAGCUUUAAGCAGAACCAGUGCCUAUAUCGUACACAGGCCGUGGUCGUAUAUUAUUGAUGCACUCUGCUUGAACUGGCAGCCUUAAUUGACAUUUGACUUAUCUCUCCCCGAUCUCAUUCGCUAACAAAGAUUUUGGCAAGCACUUGUACGUUUUUGGACUCUUGCCUGUCCAUGGCUCCGGUGAUUAAGUGCAAUGGAAGAUGUCUACAAAUUACGGAAUAUUUUCAUGCUUUUAAAAGCAAUAUUCUGGGUUAAAAGCAAGUAAAAGAAAUGGUCCGGGUUCAAUACAAGUUAAGCACAAUUGGCAGCAUUUGUUGCAAAUGUUGAUUACCAAAAUAAAAUAGAAUACAAAUAAUAAUAACUUCGACUUAUUCGAUUUAUUUUAAAAUAGCAAAAACUGCAGUUACAAAAAGAUGUUUACAAUGUAAGUGAAUGGGGCCAGUUGAUAAACAUUAAAAUACCACAGUUUAAAAGGGUUAGCCACAAGAUGUAAACAUGUUGUGUGUUAACAUGAUUUUAGUGAGAUAAUCCACUCCCUAACCUUAUCUGUGCAAAUUUAUAACAAAUAUUUCAACUUUGUUGUCAUGACAUCAUUACACCGGUAAACCCUGUGAUCUAGAAAAUGCCAUAAAGCAGGUAAAUCCCUGAUUUUAUCACACUUAAAACAUGUGAACACGUAUAAUGUUUGGGUCUUGUGGCAGUACUUUAGAAACAGUGUGCAUUUGAAUGUUUAUGGACUGGUCCCAUUCACUUCUAUUAUAAUAGUAUAUAAUAAGUGCCUUACUGUAACUGUGAUUUUUGCCUUUUUAAAAUACAUGAGGAAUGACUCAAAGUUAUUUUUGUUCAUGUCAUCAGCACUAUGCUACAAAUGCUGUCAAUUGAGCUUAACUUAUAUUGAACCUGGAACAUUCCUUUAAGUUCCAUUGGUAGCAUCUGUUAUGCUGUUGAUAACCACAGAAAAUAACUCAAAAACUUGCAUUGACAGAAAUGCUCUUACAAUGACUUACAAAGUCUAUCGAGCAACCAUUGUGUAUGGUUGCCCUUUACAACUUGUACUUAACCUGGAGUAUUCUUUUAAUAGAUAUUAGGAAAAACCCCUGAAGACCCCUGAAAGCUUUCAAGACCCCUGAAAGCAUUCUUUCAGGCACGACUACAGAAGCUAAAGAAGUUUCUUAUUGAUGAAAUAAUCAACUUAACCCAACAAAGAUUUUCUACAAAAGUGUACCAUGACUGUAUUGAUUCCAUCUUCUGCACUUUAGUUAAGUUAGACAACCAAAGACAAGACAAUGGGUGGGGAUCUGCAAGCUAAUUCCUUUGGUAAGCACCAUCUGGUCUGCAAUUAGCAACAGAAAACAAACCUUUUCUGCUCAAGAAUGUAACAAACUCCCUCUAAAUUCUGCUCAAGGCUGUUGGAUUGUGAAUGGCAGCUGUAGUUUGCUCAACAGAGGUCCACUUCAUACAGCUGGCCUAUCACUCAUUGUGUCACCCAUUCAACACAGAAGAACAAGAAUCCAGUAUGUUCAGCUCAAAGAGGUUGAAGAAGAAGUCUCAGUCAGUGGACAUCCCUGAUGAGGGUUAUGCUGGUUCUCUUGUCAAAGACCCGCUGGCAUCACCCAUCAUUCCUAGUGUGGCCAGAACAACCAUUACUGAAGAACAUGGCAUCAGUACCACCAACAUACAGAAGUCUCGUAGUCCUCGCCGUGGAGAACUCAAACGAGGAUAUACCGUAGACACCGGGCAGAAAAAGAGUGCAUUGGAGAGGAAAGAUGUGCGCCGGAUAUCCUUCCAAAAACCUAAAGGCACCAUGGAGUAUGUGGUGGAGUCACGUGACACACUCAACAGCAUUGCAUUGAAGUUCGACACCACCCCCAAUGAGCUCGUACAACUCAACAAACUCUUUUCUCGAGCUGUGGUCCCUGGCAAGGUGCUGUAUGUCCCUGACCCAGAAUACAUCUCCAGUGCGGACAGCUCCCCCUCCCUCAGUCCCAUCAGCCCCCUCUCGCCCACAUCCUCUGAGGCUGAUCUGGAGAAAGCCACCACGGAUUCAGAUGAUGCCCAUCGAAGACAAACCAACCCAGCUAUAGGUCAUGGGGCCCACCGGCCAGCCCGAGUGGUUUCAUCCACCUCUGAAGAGGAAGAGGCACUUACGGAAAAGUUUCUUAAAAUGAACUGCAAAUUCAUCACGGAUGGCAAGGGAAUAGUCAGUGGUGUGCUGCUGGUCACCCCAAACAACAUCAUGUUUGACCCUCAUAAGUCAGACCGAUUGGUGCAGGAGAGGGGAUGUGAGGAGUAUGGGAUCAUGUGCCCCCUAGAGGAGGUGCAGUCUGCAGCCAUGUGCAGGGAGAUCACAGACAUCAGGGUCAGAGAGCUUGUGCCACCAGAUCUGGAGCUAGAUCUUUCUGCGAUGGAGGUAAGCCACCUCAAGAGGGCGCCACGUCUAAAUACCACCGAUGCGGCACACCGAAUCCGUGAUAGGGGCAAUGACAGUGCCAGUACAGCCCCUCUUAGCACAGAAGCUUCGCUGUCUGAAGACGUUUUUACAGAGUCCGAACUUUCGCCUGUCCGUGAUGAUGCCGUUGCGACAUCUUCUGACGAUUUGCAGCCGAUAAAAUCCUCAGGGGCAUCUUCUGAAUCGGUGCAGACCAUCAACCAGGUUUCCACUGCCAUGGAAGAACCUUCAACAGCUGAACAAAAGGAUGUAAAGGGAGUAAUAAAAAAUACAGACACAGAUGAAAGAGGAUUGAGGGAUAGCGGUAUUGAGCAGAGCCUGAAUGCCACAGAUUUAUCCAUUGAGAUGCUGUCAGGGAAUGUUCUGGAAAACACUAAAAGGGAACAACCUGCGGAUGAAACCAAAUCACGCGACACCUCUGAGUCACUUUGUUCGGACACUGUAGCAGCCGAGGAUUCGGCGAAAAGACGGGAAACUCAGAGAAGCAUGGGGGAUCAUACUAUGCAAUUGACCAAUGAUACAAAGGAAGGGGAACAAGGAAUGUCAAAUGAGGUUUCAACAGCCAAUGAGAUUGGAGCAGAGGAGGGGCAGAGUACAGAGGAAGUUGUGUCGGGGUCCAAAAACAAGCAAAAGUCCCACAAGUUCCUGUGUCUGCGAGUUGGCAGGGCCAUGCGGAAGACCUUUGUGUCCCAUGCCAGUGCCUCCAUGCAGCAGUACGCCCAAAGAGACAGGAAGCACGAGUACUGGUUCGCCAUUCCGUCUGAGAGGUCAGACCACCUAUUUGCAUUCUUUGUCCAGUGGACCCCAGACGUAUAUGGGGAAGGGUUGGGGGGAGUGAUGUGGGAGCCCAGGUUUGUAGUGGUUAAAAAGAACCACAGUGCUGAAAGUGGGGAGCAUGACAAACCAGUGCCUGAUAUCACAUUCAAGGACUGGGAGGUAGUUUCUGUGACAGAGUACUACCGGCGGAUAGAUGCGCUAAACAGUGAGGACCUGCGCUCACUCUGCAAACGCCUGCAGAUCACAACCAAGGAAGAGGUAAACUCCAAACUUAUAGUGAAGAAUGACCCAGAACCAGAGUCAUUCAGGCCCAGUCUGAAUGAGCCCAGUGACCUCCUGCAACAAGAUCAGAUCGAAAAGCUGGCCAAGCACCUGCCCCCCAGGACAAUUGGCUAUCCCUGGUCCAUGGCAUUCAGCACGUCCAAACACGGCAUGAGCAUCAAGAGCCUGUAUCGCACCAUGCAGGGACAGGACUCGCCAGUUCUCAUGGUGAUCAAGGACAGCGAUGGACAGCUGUUUGGAGCCCUUGCUUCAGAACCAUUUAAAAUCAGUGACUGCUUCUAUGGCACAGGAGAGACCUUCCUCUUCACCUUCUGUCCAGACUUUAAGGUUUUCAAAUGGUCAGGCGACAACUUGUUCUUCAUCAAAGGAGAUCCAGACUCCUUGGCCUUUGGUGGUGGAGGGGGUGAAUUCGGUCUGUGGUUGGAUGGCGAUCUGUAUCACGGAAGAACUAACUCUUGUAAGACCUUUGGAAAUCCAGUGCUCUCAAAGACAGAAGACUUCUACGUGCAGGACAUUGAGAUCUGGGCUUUCGAAUAACACCCUAUGCCUCAUGGACUCAUUCAAAAUAAAUGGGGUUAGAAGGCCACUUCUGCAACCCCUUCAAGACCUGAUUGCACACCCUUGUCUCAAUGAAAGGUGGUUUUAGGUCAUAUGAACACGUUUUUACCCUUUGGCUGCUUGAGAUCCUCCAGUCUUGAGGAUAAGGAAGGGCGCCAAUGGAUGUUCUUGAAUGUUGUAGAACUACACAAAAGAAAUGAAGCUCCAGAACUUCCCAGGAGUCUUAAAAGUCCUUUAAAGUUGUAAAGCAUGGGGGUUUCAGUCCUACUACCUGUCACCUGUUGCUUUAUGUCUAUUUCAAGAACAUAAUAUCUAAUGUCAAAACCCCAACUUGCUCUAUAUAAUCAAAUGCCUCUACUUAAUGUAAUAUUCAGUACUGUGUUGCUGUAGAAAUGUGGAGUAACAUACAAAUUAAUGUGUGGUGCCCUUUUCAUGUCAAUAAGCUUCCUAUUAUUCCUUUAUUUCUCUCUGGAAGUGCUGUAGUUACAGGAGAAAUGUGUCUGUAAUGUCAGUGAGUAGGAACCAGUUGUGGUUUUGGGGGAGGCGGGGCAUCUGAUGGAAUGUAUACAUAUAUAAAUACAUAUAGCGAUUUUAUAUUUAUACAUUUAUUAGUGCACUUUGUACAUAACUACUUGACAUAUCGCUGUUAUGUGUGACAGUGAUAUGGUUUGCGCUACUGUCCUUUUACGUUUAAUCUCAAUUGUACAUUUUUCCUUGAAUAUUUGUUCCAAUAAAUAAUUUUCUAUGUGCUUACAAUGUGAACUUGGGAGCUUUCCGUUGGUGGCGGAGAGUUUUCAACAGGUAGCUGCUUUCUAACCUAGGAAUCGUACAAAAGGUGACACGGGUGUUUUUGAGGGACCUGAUGAGGGUGAUGAGAGACUAAUGACGGGUGAAAUUAGACCCAAAGCUUGUAGGUGACUGGUGUCAACAGUGAUGGAGAUAGCCAGUUACUGCAAUAUAUACAAAGAGCCACUCAGGGCACACUGAUGCAAAAGUUUCUGAAAAACAGGGAAAACUGAUGGAAAAUGUUGAAUGGAAUGUUUUCUGUAUUACUUUGCAGUGAUGAUUUAGGAACAUUCAAAGUGCAGUGGCCUCUUUUAGCAGUAUUCUAACUUUAAAUUAAUGCAUAGAGAUGCCAAUUUGCCCUUGUGGCCAGCUGAAAAUAUGCUCCAAAUAUUUGAUCCGACUAAGCACAUCUGUCAGAGCAGACGUCUUGUUGUGAAGGUAUGAUGCUCUCCGCAUGCCGUGGGAUCGUAGAGUUGAAGGACUAAAGACUAAAGGCCACCUUUGGAGCCACCUGCACUUUUCUGGUCUUCCAGUGCAGUAUUUGAUACCCAUGUGGAAGCUCGAACAGAUCUCAUUAAUCCCCUCAAACAACUCUGAUAGAUGAUUAUGUAUCAAUGUAUUUACCACAAUAAAGUCUAUGUAAUAAUAACAUUUUGGUGGUUUU